AUGUCAACAGUUGUACUAACCACAAUUGCAGAGUCAGUGGACCUUUUACUCAGAGAGAUGAGUGCCGAUAUGGAUAGUUUAGCGCCUCCAACAACAUUCGAACCGGACCACAGGCGAAAUGAACAUAGUUUCUCAACUUCAAUCAAUACAUCACCAACAAAACCACUAAAAUUUCCUAAUCAACAACAGACUCCUAUAAACGAUCCCAAUUCCAGCUCAGACACUUAUGCCAGCGAUCAAGACCAACACCAAAGCAAACUCUACCCAGAAGUCAAAAAUGACCUCAAAUUGUCUUUGAACCGUAACUUUGAUGUUGACACUUCUGCUGACAUACAAGAUACUAUUGAAGUGUACAAUAAAUACAAUUCAGAAGUGGAUAUAUACACCCUGCAAACACCAAGAACUUCAACUACAGAUCUAUUGACGAAGCAGCCUUACACAAAUUCCUCCCCUAAUAAGUCGAUAAUGAAGAAGACACCAACAGGCUCUCCGAAAAAAGUUGCCUUCACAGCAACAAAUCCAGAAAUUUACCAAUAUGCUCAGGGACAGCAGGAACUGGAAGAUGAUCAAAAACAGUCAGUCAACAGCUUAGCACUUCAAAAGCCAAUUCAUCACCAGUGGGAGCAACCUCAUAUUCACUCUGAGGAUGAAAGUUUGGCGUCGCCGCCUCCUCCUCCGCCACCACACACGAGUAAACCCACUUUUGCUCAACUUUUGAACCGUGAAAACUGUGACCAUGAGAAUACAAAGAAGCUAGACGCUGUACCGCUUCAUGGAAAAGUAAGUCCACAUGCAGAUGAAGAAUACGACUUAGAUGCUCGCUUGCAAGAGUUGGAAAUAGCGUCAAAAAAUAAAGCCAAAGAGAAUAUUCAUCAUCUAUCGCUUUCGUUGCAAACCCCUACUUUUGAUAUAGAAAACCCGCUUGAUUCAUUACAGAAAGCGUCAGAUGUACAAUUACCAUCAUCAGGAUCGUCACAAUCUUCAUUACAAUCAUUAAGAGAUGACAAUAGAAGCUUGAACUCGGUUCCUGGGUCACCCACCAAGGCCAACCGCGGGCUUGCAUUACGUGAUGGAAUCAAAGGGUUAUCAGAUGCAACCGUUGAAUCAUUGUUGCCUAGAGAUGAGUCAGAAGAUGCGUUAUACAUCAGCCAUUCUAAUGGUGAACUGGAUGCAGCUGCCCGUGAUGAAGAGCCAUUGGAUUCGUUUGAUAAUUCAUAUAGUCGAACUGAACAAUCGAUUAUGAAUUUGCUCAAUAGUGCGUCGGCUUCUCAAGUAGCACUUAAUAACAUCACACAAGGGAAUGAAAUUCACGUAAAGCAAGAAACUGACAAUGACGAACAAGCAUUUGUGCCAGAAGAGAAGGAAACUGUUGUAAAACAAGAGUUUGAGCACGAUGAACAGCUUUUUGAACCUCAAGUUCGGGUUGUGGUGAAGAAAGAGUCAAAGGAGGUCCUACCUCAGGAUGAACAAGAGACUAUAGUCAAGCAAGAGCAAAUUAAUGGCAAUUCUGUGAAUCAAACUCCGCAAUUUUCGACACGAGUGUUUAAAUCUGAAUCUAGUGUUCACAUAUCACCGUAUACUGGACUAACCCCACAACAGGAAGUCGAACAGAUGCUAGCCGAAAGUGGCGAUAACCAACGGAUUCAAGAUGAUACAACUGAGAUUUCAGAUUUCGUAAAUCGAGACGAAUCCAACAUGUCUAUCAGGUUCCACACGGAUAGUGGUUGGAAAUUAGAAGAUAGUAAUGAUGGAGAUCGGGAGGACAACGACGAAUAUAGUCAAGUUCUUGGCCGAUCAGAUAUGCUUGAUGAAGGUGACUCCAACUCUUCAGCAGAAGAAUUUGCUGAUGCAUCUAAUGAACUAAGCCAGGCUCUAAGCAAUACAAAUGGUGAUAAAAAGGAGGUUGAGGAUCCCAAAAGCUUGGCUCCACCAAGAGCAAUUGACGAAGCAGUAGAUGCAACUCACGGCCCAACAAGUAAUGAAACCAUCUUGGCAAACUCAUCAAACAUUGCUGAGCCAAAUGAAGAUAUUACCUUGCCGCCAGUUGAAAUCAACAAUUAUUCCUCAUUGGAAGAGAUUACAAAGAAUAUGGAUUCUAUAUCGAGCUAUGAGCGUUCAUUGUCGGCAGAAAAUGACGUGGAGAAACCAAAGCCGGACGACUUUUUGUCUAUUUGGCAUAGUCAACGAAAACAAAAGAAAAGUCAGAUGCAUAAAGUGCCUACUCAACAGCUUAUUGCUGCAUAUAGAGAGGAGCAAGUUGAGCAAAAGAGGGCAACAUCAACUGAUAAAGUAAGAAUUCCUUCAUCAUUAAACGGGAAAAAGAUUAAAGAAGUGCAUGUCAUGUCAAGAAGAGUGGUUAGUCCAGAUCACUUUGACGAUUUGCAUGUAUCGGGAUUUUUGCCCGAGUUAUCUAGAGACUCCGUGUUUAAUGAUUUGCACUUCACCAAUCAAUCUCGUGUUCCAUCGGCACAACUCAACACUUCCAACAUGCUUUCUAAUAUAGAUAAUAAUCCAAAUGUCGUUGAACCACCACAACCUUUGAUACCUGGCCAAGCCCGUCAAACAAAGAGGUUCAUUUCUUCAAAUAGCAGCAACUUACAACGUGCAUCGACCACAGGCCCAGCACCCACCGGGCCAACGAGAUCAAGAUUUAGAGUGCCCACUUUUGAAAUCAAGCGCUCGUCGUCGGUGCUUUCACCCAAGAACAUGUAUGAUGAUAUCUUUGAGGAUGUCGUGCCAAGAAAGCCACCAACUAUACGGGCCGAAGGUAUGAAGACUUUGCCAAGUAUGGAUAAAGAUGAUGUCAAGCGAAUUCUUUCAACGAGAAAGGGCAUGACGCAGGAUGAAUAUGCCCAUGCUAAAUUUGUGGAACAGAAACCGAAAAAGAAUUCAGUUGUCACCGAGACAGAAAAUGCACAUGAGCAUAUUCCCCAGACGGCAUCGAUCCAUGAUGCGAAUACCGAGUCGCCCCGUCAGCCUUCAAUUGCAACUGGUUCUGAUGUUUUGCCUUAUUCUUAUUUGGCAGAUGAAUUGAACAAGUCUCCUAGUGAAUUAAUGUCAAAGAACCAACCUGAAGAUUUCCCAACAAGGACAAGUUCUGUCAUUGUCCACAAGAAUGCGCCAUUGCCGGAGCCAGAGUUUGAAUUUGACAUUUCACCACAUACACCACCAUUGCCUGCUGGUGUAAUUGAUGAGUUGGAUACUGAUACAGCUUUGAACUAUUUACACAGUGACAGCCUAUCUCCCAAGACAGAAAGACAGGAGGCGAAGCCCAAAUCACCAUUGGACCCCGCACAGCAGCAAUCUCCGGAACCAGUUGUUGAGAGGAAGUUGGAUCCAAGUGUUCGGCCUGUUGUUGCCAAGCCAAACCUUCCCACGGAUACACCAGCAACACCAAUCAAAAAGUUUCGGAAGGAUGCUCAUACUCCCGUCUCCAAGAGAAGUUCGCCUAGAAAAAGUCCUAUUAAAAUUGGUUCUCCUGUUAAACUUGUAAAGAAGAAUGGAUCAGUUACCGGUAUUGAGUUGGCGGAAAAACACCAUUUCCAUGACCUUGCCAAUGCUGAGAAAGUCCAACCAUUUCUUGGAGAUGAAUUGGUACAUGCCAAGAUUAGAGAUAACUUGGACUACGAGAAAUGGACACCAGAACAUAAAUCCAACAUGCCAAGUGCAGUUUCAGUACCAUCAGAAUUUUCUGAUUCAAAAAGUCAGCAUCAUAAUUCUCAUGAGCGUCAUAAAUCGGAUCCCAAGGUUAUUGACGAUGAGCUUCCCGAUGUUGCAUGGCAAGAACGUGGCAAGUUGUUUUUCCGCGUGCUUGGGUUAAAGAAUAUUAAUUUACCUGAUAUGAAGUCACACAAGGGUAAGUUUACCAUUGCUUUGGAUAAUGGUGUUCACUGUGUAAAGACGUCUGAAUAUGACUUGGACCGGAAUCUAGUUUCAAUUGGUAAAGAAUUUGAACUUAUUGUUGCCGACUCUUUGCAAUUUAUCUUGACUAUGAAGGCUAGCUAUACUAAACCGAAGGGUACAUUGGUCGAAGUACGCGAGAGGAAGGUUGUCAAGUCAAGGAAUAAGUUGGGUCGCUUCUUUGGAUCUAAAGAUAUCAUCACCACAACACGGUACGUUCCUAGUAAAGUUGAAGACAGUUGGGCUAACAAACUAGCCACUGAUGGUUCAUUUGCUAGGUGCUAUAUUGAUUUUGCUCAAUUUGAACAGCAAGUGAGUGGUAGGGUGCAAAGAUUCGACUUGAGUUGUUUUAAUGAAUGGGAAACGAGAGCUAAUGGUAAUAAUGGCAAUGGUCCCCAAUCAAACACCAGGUGCAAGCCGUACAAAAUAGCCGAGUUGGAGGUUGAAAUGUUGUUUGUGCCUCGCUCCGACCCCCAUGAAAUUUUGCCAACAAGUAUCAAAUCGGCAUACCAAUCCUUGGCCGAGUUGAGUAAAGAGUUGAAGACUGUAAACGAAGGUUACUUGUAUCAAGAAGGUGGUGAUUGCGAAAUAUGGAAACGUCGUUGGUUUAAGCUUUAUGCUACGUCAUUAGUGGCCCAUUCCGAAUUCAGCCACAAGACAAGAGCCAAGAUCAAUUUGAACAAAGUGAUUGAUGUUAUGUAUGUUGACAAGGAAAACUUACACAAUUCGAAACAUCGUAAUUUCAGUGAUGUUUUACUUGUUGAACAUUCGUUCAAGAUCAAAUUUGCCAAUGGUGAAAUUAUUGAAUUUGGUGCUCCAAAUGAACGCGAAAUGAAGCAAUGGAUUGAGAUUUUGGAGAGUAUUGUUCAGCGCAACAAGAUUAGACGACAACCUUGGGUUAAUUUGAUGAUGAAGCAGCAACUGGAGUAA